AUGGCUCUCAAACAUGGAAAACUGAAGUGGGCGGAAGCGCUGGUUAACGGUGAGAGAAUUUGGAAACAAUCGAUAUCAGGAACAGGUCACCGAGAAGUAUCAGUGUCUGUGACCAUUCGCAAUUCCUCCUCGUCGUAUGAAUACCAACGCACUGUCGUUGUAGCUGCUGCUCACGGAGAAGUAUACGGAUUUGAACCGGGAUCUGGAGAAAAGCUCUGGGAAAGUCGUUUAAGCGGGUGUGGUAAUACAUUGCCAUCCAUCAUAUUGGACACCUCAUCCCCUGAUGUUAUUCUAGUUGGAUGCGGAAACAACUUGUACACAAUUGAUAUUCACAAUGGUAAAACUAUCUGGAAAAAAGAAAUAUCCAAGAGCUUCUUUGAUUCGCAAUAUACUACGAUGGCCACUCAUCAAAGCAGUUUGCAUACUGCAUUUUUAUACACGGGACUUAAUAACAACCCUAUUGCUCAGUGUGAAGAGAAAGAGAAAUCCGAUUCAGAUUAA